AGAGAGAGAGAGAGAGAGAGAGAGAGAGAGAGAAACAUAUAUUGACGUUGUAUUUAAAUUAUCGUGUUUUUUUAAGUGUUGCGUGCGAGUGCGUGCGUGUGCGUGUGCGUGUGCGUGCGUGUUAUGUGCGCGCGUGUGUUGCGUUCGUGACAAAGUUGGAUUUGAAGUUUUGAAGAAAGAAAACGGAAUAGAAAGAGAAAAAGAAAAGAGAAAGACGAAGAAGAAGAAGAAGAAGAAGAAGAAGAAGAAGAAGAAGAAGAAGAAGAAGAGGAAGAGGAAGAAGAAAAAAGGAUUGUCUUCUUGUGUUGCUAAGAAGAGCGAAUAUUGGGCGCGGCGUCGUGUCCUGAGUGCGGUGUGGCGGUGUCCUGUGAGUGGCGUGUGUGGCGGCGUGUGUCGUGUCACCAUGAACCAGCUGUGUCGUGUCUGUGGCGAGGCGGCGGCUGGAUUCCACUUCGGCGCCUUCACCUGCGAGGGAUGCAAGUCUUUCUUCGGGCGCACGUACAACAACGCGGGGUCUCUGGGUCAGUGCAAACACGGCGGGCGUUGUGUCAUCACCAAGAAGAACAGAACGUCCUGCAAGGCGUGUCGACUAACCAAGUGUCUCGCCGCGGGCAUGAGCAAGUCGGGAUCGAGAUACGGCCGCCGCUCCAACUGGUUCAAGAUCCACUGCCUACUGCAAGAGAAAGCCAGCGCAACACUGUCAGCCGCUGGAAACGUUCUGCCUGGAAACGUUCUGUCACAAACGUUCCCUGGGUGCAAACGUUCCCCAGCAGAGGACACCAGGAGGGAUGAAGACAGCGGGGUGGAGUCUCCAGUCCUUAGCAGCCCGGAGUCCCAAACAUCUGAGGGGUCCCUGGAAGACUACCGCAGGACUCCCUUUUCAUUGUAUCCUAAACUGAGGGUCCUAUCACCGUUUUUCCUGCAUCCUUCACCGGCUUAUCCUCGCUUACCGUUCUAUCCUUAUUUGUAUCCGGUUUUAAGCGCCGCCGUUUCAGCUGCUGUGGAUAUGUCAACACCUACAACGCCCACAACACCCACAUCUACCCACACACACACGCACACGCACACGCACACACACACGGACAGAGAUACAGCCACGCCUACACCACCACAUCUUCUCCCAAUCUUCCGUGACACGACACGCCCAUGCACGCCCACCACACCCAAAUUGGAGGUACAAAAUGAGCCUAUAGAUUUAUCUCUCAGAAGGCCUAUAUCUUCCCCUCCUCCUCCUCUUCUUCUCCUCCUCCUCCUCCUCCUCCUCCUCCUCCUACCCACUUCACGUAUACUAUGAGGGUAACUACUGCCUCCAUUCCUCCUCCUCCUCCUCCUCCUCCCCCUCCUCCUCUCCUCCUACCACCACGCAGGACGCCUCUCCCCCCACCCCCCCUCCUGUUGAUCUGUCCUGUAAUGCCUAAAUAACCCUCCUCCUCCUCCUCCUCCUCCUCCUUACAUACAUACAUACAAAACAACGAACAUGUAUACCAAUAAACGUCCAUGUAUACAAUUUAUUCAUAAGGAGGAGUAAGUUAAUUCCGUCUUCUUCAUGUAUACUGGGAUAUUUCACCGUGUAUAUUUAAAAUGGUAUACAUAUAUACAUACAUACAUAGAGAAACGAAUAUCUAUGUAUACAAUUUAUUCAUACGGAAAAAUAGUAAAUAAAUUCCGGUUUUUUAUGUAUACUGAGAUAUUUCAACAUGUAUACUUAAAGGGGUAUGUAUACAGUGAAUAUACAUACCUAUACAUACCAGAGUAUACAUAAUAGAUACAGAAAACGAAUAAACCCAUUCUUAACUAAACAAAUUCCUUAUCUCUAUGUAUACUGGGAUAUUUCAACAUGUAUACUUGAAGGGGUAUGUAUAGAGUGGAUAUACAUAACCUAUACACACUAGAGUAUACAUAAAAGAUACAAAGGGCAAAUAAACCCAAAUCUUUAAAACUAUGAAUAUCAAUGUAUACUAAAAAACACCAUGUAUAGAUGUAUAAGUGCCUGAAUACUGUAUAGAUGAUAAAACAUUCAUAUACAUACACAAAAAAAUGAACAAAUGAAACUCUUAUUAUGUAUACUGAGAGAUGUAAGCUUGUAUACAUGAAAUAGCUGAGUAUACAUUGACAAUAGACGAAGAAUGAAUACGUACCCAGAUGUAUACA